ACUGGAUUGUGAUUGGUCGGUCAUUGUCUAGUUUGAUUGCCUGCUGUCAUUUAUACAUUUCAUCUUAUCUAUGACAGGGAGCUUAAUUUACUGGUAUUGUACUUAUUUCAAAGUGAUAUUUAAAUACAUAUAUAGUAAAGGAUCAUAUUGAAAAUCAAGGCUCUUGUUUUGGCAUUCCAUAAAGUCUGAAUUAGGGAGUAGCGUAGUGGAGGGUUUUCAUUUUAGCUAAAUUAGGUGUAAGUUUCCCGUUGUUUGGGAGACAUGGAAAAGUUGUCUGGUUUGAGCCACCUUUUCAUGACAAUCUUUCUCCACAACUUCUCUAUUUUCAUGGUGAUCCCGGCCAUCACAGAUGUCACAAUGGCUGCGCUUUGUCCCGGAGAAGAUGAAUGCUCACUUGCAAUUUACUUAUCUGGAUUUCAACAAGCGAUUAUAGGGCUGGGAACUCUCGUGAUAAUGCCUUUGGUAGGGAAUCUCUCAGAUAAGUAUGGAAGGAAAGCUUUGCUUACAGUCCCGUUGAGUUUCACCAUUAUUCCCCUAGGAAUAUUGGCUUACAGUAGGACAAGGAAUUUCUUCUACGUGUACUACGUGGUCAAGACUCUCAUUGCCAUGGUUUGUGAAGGCAGCGUCCAUUGCCUCGCCCUUGCUUAUGUGGCUGAUAAUGUUCCGGAAGCGCGAAGAGCUUCUACAUUCGGAAUCCUAUCAGGGAUUGGUUCCUCUGCUUUCGUUUGCGGAACCUUAUCGGCUCGUUUCCUUUCCACGUCCUCCACUUUCCAGGUUGCGGCUUUGGUUGCGCUGGUAGCUGCGGUGUAUAUGAGGGUUUUCCUACCGGAUUCGAUCAUAGAUGCCAAUCUAUCUGCUCCAAUAAUGACCAAGGAAAAGCUACAUGUCGCUGAAUCAGACAAAAAACCAACAAGGAAAAUGCAGAUCUUCAAAACGAUGCCUUCAUUUGACGACAUGGUGGCCUUGUUGAAGACUAGCCCCACAUUUUCUCAAGCCGCAGUUGUUGCCUUCUUUAGCAAUCUCGCGGAUGUUGGUCUUCAUGCUUCGAUGAUGUACUACCUAAAGGCUAAAUUUCACUUCAACAAGGAUCAAUUUGCUGACCUCAUGGUGAUUUCUGGAAUUGCAGGCACUAUCUCACAACUGCUUAUCAUGCCCUUAUUGGCUCCCGUUCUAGGAGAGGAGAGGCUGCUUUCAAUAGGACUCCUUUUUAGCUGUGCGCAUAUGUUUUUAUUUAGCAUCGCGUGGUCCGGCUGGGUUCCUUAUGUUGCUGCCAUGUUUUCCAUCCUUUUUGUGUUCGCACAACCAUGUAUGAGGAGCAUUGUAUCUAAACAAGUUGGAUCCUGUGAACAGGGGAAAGCUCAAGGAUGCAUUUCAGGCAUAGGGUCUUUUUCAAACGUGAUAUCUCCCUUGGUUUUCUCUCCUUUAACAGCUCUGUUUCUCUCUGAAAGGGCACCUUUUAACUUUCCUGGCUUUAGUCUUAUGUGCUGCGGAUUUGCUACGAUGAUAGCUUUUAUUCAGAGUAUGAUGAUAACAGCGAUUCCUAUCACUAGUCAUCGAAACAGCAAUUGCAAUCACAUGGAGCCCUAGUUUUGUAUGAUUUGGAAGCAUUAAUUCAAAUUAUUGUUUGUCUGGCCAUAAGCUGGCUCUAGUAUAAGGAUGAAUUUCUUCAGAUUUGCCUUCUGCGGCAAAAGAAAUUUGAUGCCAGGGCCCAAUUCUCAUAUUUUGAGUUUCCAGAAAUAUGUCUUAUUUUUCAAAAUUGGUGGUUAGUAGUAGGUUAGAAAAAGGGUUGUAACAAAAAAGGGAAAUGGAACAUCUUUGAUUUUUGUGGUCUAUGCAAUCGAGUCAAUGGAAACCUCAUAAGAGCAACUGAAUCUUUUUAUUUAUUUAUAUCAGUUAAUUAAUAUUA